CCCACAGAGAACCCCCCCAGCCCACGUUCUUCUUACAGUGUCUCUCUCUUCACGUGCUCAUCAUCGACUUAUCAUGUGACUACCGAGAACCCCUCUAUUCUCGGUGUCUCCUUCUUUGGCGGCCUCUCUUUCCUUUUUCUCUUCUCACUUUCUUCCUUUCUACUUUCGCUAAUCAUUACUUAGCUAUCCAUUGUUAUCUAUUUUCCCACUCUUUUCAUUUUACUUACCUAAAAAGAUUUGAUUUUUGAAGCACCCAUUUUUUGAUUCUUGUGGGUUUGAGUUUAAAAACUCUAGUGAGUGUUCAGUUUUGUCUAUGUGAGCUGAUGAAAAAUGGGCUGUUUACAGUCCAAAACUGUAAAUGUUCAGUCCCCAGAUAAAGAACCUUCUCAGGAUGAAUCAAAAACAGAUCUUGCUAAUGGGGAUCAAGUAGACCAGGAUCAAGUGCCUGCAUUCAAGGAAUUUAGUCUUGCAGAACUCCGAGCUGCGACAAAUGGCUUUAGCAGUGAAUUAAUAGUUUCUGAAAGUGGUGAGAAAGCUCCCAACGUUGUCUACAGAGGGAAGCUUCGUAGCAACAAGCUAGCUGCCAUCAAACGCUUCUCCAGACAGUCGUGGCCUGACGCUCAACAGUUUGUGGCAGAGGCAGCUGGAGUUGGCAAGGUUCGGCACAAGAGAUUGGUGAAUCUAAUUGGCUGUUGUGCAGAGGGAGAUGAACGCCUAUUGGUUGCAGAAUACAUGCCUAAUGAUACACUCUCAAAGCAUCUCUUCCACUGGGAGAAACAACCAUUGCCUUGGGAGAUGCGAGUAAGAGUUGCAUACUAUAUUGCACAGGCUCUGGAUCAUUGCAAUGCUGAAAACAGAAAGAUAUAUCAUGAUUUGAAUGCUUACAGAGUUCUUUUUGAUGAGGAAGGUGACCCUCGAUUAUCUAGUUUCGGUCUAAUGAAAAACAGCAGAGAUGGAAAGAGCUAUAGCACCAAUCUUGCUUAUACGCCUCCUGAGUUUUUGCGCACAGGCCGGGUAAUCGCAGAAAGUGUGAUGUACAGCUAUGGGACUGUUCUGCUGGACCUGUUGAGUGGAAAGCAUAUACCACCAAGCCAUGCACUAGACUUAAUUAGGGGUAAAAAUGUGUUGUUAUUAAUGGAUUCAUCCUUGGAAGGACAAUAUGCCAAUGAAGAUGCAACAGCAUUGGUUGAACUUGCUUCAAAGUGUCUCCAAUAUGAGGCUAGGGAUAGACCUGAAAUCAAGUUCAUUCUUAAUGCAGUGGAGCCCCUUCAGAAGCAGGAGGAGGUCGCGUCACAUGUUCUGAUGGGUCUAACAAAAACUCCAGUGGUGCUUCCAACCAUGCUCUCUCCUCUCGGAAAGGCUUGUGCGAGGAUGGACCUCACUGCUGUCCAUGAUAUCUUGCUUAAAACAGGUUAUAAAGAUGAGGAGGGUGCUGAAAAUGAGCUCUCAUUCCAAGAAUGGACGCAACAAGUUCAAGAUAUGUUAAAUACCAAGAAAUUUGGGGAUAUUGCUUUCCGGGACAAGGACUUCAAGAAUGCAGUUGACUAUUACUCUAAGUUGGUAUCAAUGAUGUCUGUUCCUUCUGGCACUGUUUUUGUGAGGCGAGCCCUUUCCUACAUGAUGAAUGGCCAACCAGAGCUCGCACUGAGGGACGCUAUGCAAGCCCAGGUUUGCUUACCCGAGUGGCCUACUGCAUUCUAUAUGCAGGCUCUUGCCCUAUCUAAGCUUGGCAUGGAAACUGAUGCACAAGACAUGCUCAAUGAUGGAGCCUCCUUUGAAGCAAAGAAGUUAAACAGUUGGCGUAACUGAUUCUGGCACGUUUGGUGAAUCAAGAACCUCACAUCCUUUACCGAAGCUGGAGGUAGCUAGGUAAGAUGAGACAUGAUACUGAAGGAACCAAACGUAAUGUGGUGUUUGGUGGUUAUAUUAAUCUCGUCCCUCACUCUUUUGUAGCCAAUACAGUUCCAUACAGAAAAUGUAUAAAUCACUCUAGUGAAAACCCUCGUAGUUUAUUCCGCGAUGAAUGCCAAUUUUUAGUUUUGAAACUCAUCAACAGUUCUCUCAUUGUCAUGUUUGGGUAAACAUUUCUGACAAAGUCUGGGUUGUUAUUUACUGUUAUUUUAGCA